AUGGACCUCCAUCAGGCCAAUAGAUGGCGCUGUUGCACUGUUGUAGCAGGAGAAACAGCAAGUUCUGGCCAAGCGCUCACCAUUCUGCAGAAUAAGGACCAGAACUUUACAGAGGUAAACUGUGUCUGUUCUUUUACUAUUACAGCAGUUCAUCGUGGCCCUGUUGUUCGCCUCCUUCACCAAAGCUCUGUCAGGGACCUACAUGAAGAGUGCCAUCACUCAGAGAAACACUUUGACCUGUCCAGCUCUCUCAUCGGACUCAUAGACGGCAGCUUUGAGAUGGGUAACCUGCUGUUCCUGGCUGUGGUCAGCCAUUUGGGGGCGAAGCUGCACCGGCCCAGGCUCAUUGCUAUGGGCUGUUUCCUCAUGGCUGUAGGAUCCUUCCUCACAGGCCUGCCACACUUCUUCAUGGGACGGACCACACCAGCUCCGGUGUCCGGGGCGUCCACCUCUACCACAAAGGGACGAGUAGGAUCAGGAUGAACGAGGAUGGGUUCGGAGGAGAAACGUCCCUUGAGCUCUAUGAAUGCCCUGUCAGCCUCGGGAUUCCUGCAAAAACCUGCUUGAGUGAGGUGGGACAGGGCCGUAAAUGUUCCGGAGGGGGUUUUGGAGAAGAUCGGGAUGUCGUCGAGGUGAACAAAGACGAACCGGUUCAACAUAUCCCUAAGAGUAUCAUUGAUCAAUGCCUGAAAGA